AUGUCUGACCCUGCUUCUUUUAGUAGCUCUGGCUUCUCUACACCUGCCAGCACUCCCUCCUGUGUCUCUCCUUCUCCCACUGCCGCUCCCCCACCCCCACCACCUCCACCACCACCGCCAUCUGGCGGGGCUCCAGUGAAGACUCAAAAAACCUGGGAUCCUGUGGAGACUGAUGUGACUCCAACAAAGAAGGAGAACCCUAGCCCAAGUCAGACGGGCCCAGGAGCAUUCUCUUACAUACCCGAUAAUAUAGCAACACAAAUGAUGAAACCGGGGGACAAGAAACCAUUUAGUUACACUUCUGGAUUGACAGAUGAAAUAAAACAAAGGCAAGCUGAGAAACAACAAAGUAUACAGAAGAAAAAAGCGUUAGCUAUGCCUAAGUAUAUGAAUUCACCACAGAUGUUGGCUGGAAGGACGAAACCACCGGCAGAAAUGCCUCGGUCUACUCAUUCUGGACCUGAACAAGGCACUACCGUCCUUGCUCAAUAUAAUUCCCCCAUAGAUGCAUAUUCUGGGGCGAAUAUAGCUGAAACUUUUGAGGCACAAACUGGUGGGGCUGUUACAGUUGGGGGCAUCCAGAAACCCAAGGACCCAGAUUACACCCAGUCUGCCACAUAUAAAUUUAUACACGAAGGCGGAGAGGCACCUGAACCUCAGAGAAAUUUCGUAGAUGAUUAUCCAAACAGAGAUAACUUUGUGGAUCCAUUAGAACUUAAACAACAAAAGAGACAAGACAGAUACUCUAAUGAUGAUGUGCCAGACAGAAGCGACUUUGUAGAUCCCUAUGAAGUAAGUAGGAGACGAAACAGACGCAAUACAGAACAAGAUGACAUACCAGACAGAAGUGAUUUUGUCGAUCCAUAUGAGUUAAAGCAACAGCAGCGUAAACACCAUGAACAUGAAUAUUAUCCUGAGCGAGGCAACUUUGUAGAUCCUUAUGAGGUGAAGCAGAGACAACGACAAAUAGAACAGGAACAGAUGAGACAAUCAAAUGAUGAAAUGACGUUUAGUGGUCUCCAUGGCAACACUGCCACAGCAUCAAAUAUACCUUCAAAGGCUUUUGCAAUGCUACAAAGAAUGACUGGAAGCACUGAUGACAUACCCCCACCCCAACCUAGAAAGAAAUCUGUACCUACAGAAGAUUGCAGGGCUGCAACUCCCCCUUAUGAGGACGAAGAGGAAGAUGAAGAAACGAAAGCUGCCAAAUGGACAGAUGAUAACAUAAAGAAAUCUUCAUAUGUUCCGCCAUCAGAACCCCAUAGACUUGAUCUCUCUGGCCAACUGAAUCCAAAACUUGCCAAUAAAGUGAGCAAAUACAAGGACGAUGAGAGUUUACAAAAAUGGAGGUUGGAGGAGGAAAGAUCUCGCCAAGAGAACCUUACAUAUGUUAAAGCGGCUAGGAAAAUAAGAUCUACACUAUCACCUGAGAACGAUCCUUCAGCAGAGCUUAAGAGAGCUCGAUCCAGACUCGGCAGUAGACAUUCUGUCAAGUAUGAACCCAAAGAUACAAAAAUACAAAACGGAACCUCAGAAGCAUCGAAUGGUGCUCAGAGUACCCAGGCAUACCAGUCAGGGAAUGAACGAGUUGGUAAUGAUGAAAUGCAAAAUUCUGCAGACGAAGCUCUGCUUAAAGUAAAAGAAGAUGGUAUGAAGAGUAAAGAGAAAAUCAAUCAUGGUGAUGACAUAUACACUGGAGAUGUAGACACAGAUGACAACGUCAUGGGUGAAAACUAUAAUGAAAAUGACAGUGAAGAAACAUUUGCUUUACCUGAGUUGAAAUUAUUACCCAAUUCAUCUGGAGAAUCACGGCUUGGAAAACAAUACAGUAGGGAAAGCGAAACUGAGAUAUCAAAAGCUAGAAAAAGGCUGGGUUCAAGAAGGUCAAGUUGUGAUGAUUCUGAUACAUACGGUAGCGUUGGGAGCGAUGCUAGAGUAGAUAGCAGACUUGAAAGUGGAAGUGAAAUUGACUUUUACAAAAUGAGAAAUCGCCUGACAUCUGCAGAAGAUAGAGAAAUACAUGAUAAAGGUAAAGACCUGGUCGAACCAACAGAGGUCGACAUUGCUCGUGCAAAGCUAGGAACCAUGAGGAAGGUGAACAGGCAAAUUGACACUGAGCCAGAGCCAUUCAGUGAGAUGAGCCCAAUGGCUAUAAAUCUGAACUCUAAACUAGCGAGUAAGUUGGACGCUAUGCGCCAAGCAGAAUAUUCUCAAGAGGAGAGACUGAGAGAGGAACGUGAGCAACAGGAUCAGAUAUCAGUUGUCAAGCGUCAAGAUAACGAAACAAAUGUUGACUCGAGUCCAGUUUUGGUUCAGUCCAGAUUGACUUUGAGGGGUCGAGCCCCAGCAAUGCGAGGGAGGAAUAUGAACGAGGAGUACGAAGAUCAAGGGGGAGUAGAAGGGGAUGGACAACCAAGGGAAGUCAGAUACACUGGAGGUAGCAUCCCAAGUAAAUCCUUCCACAGAUUGCAGAUCAUGACUGGCAGCCAAGAUACACCAACGCCAGCUCCCCAGCCAGUCCAAUUCUCUGCAAAAGCAGUUUCAAACGGCAGUGCCCAACCAGCAAAUGAUGAUAGUGUUCAAUCAAGUGCUUCAAUCAACAUCACUCAAACAGCUGAACCAGGAGCAACUGACUUCUAAAUGUGACAAAGAAAACUGAGAACGUGUACAAAACAUGUGUAAACUUGCACUAGACAGAUGUGAAAGUGUCAUUACAGAUGUGAACUAAAACAUAACAUUCAUUGAAUUGUACAAAACAGGUGCAAAGUUGUUAUGGACGUUCACAUACUGGUAGUGUGACUGCUGUAGACUUCUUCCCUUUCGUAGUUGUGAUUGUGAACAAUAUAUUAACUAGAAAAAUGUGACUAAGUAGUACAACACUGACAAUAAGACUUGUUCCAUUUACACAUAACAGUUGUUCUGUAAUUGAAUUACACACUGUUUCAGUGUAUUUGGAUGAAUAUAGAGAAAAUUGACUAGAUAUUGAAAGAUCUUAAUUGACUCUGUAAAUACUGUAAAUACGUUGUUAA